AUGGACUCCAACAUGGACAACAACAGCAACAACAACCCCGACAAGAGCAACAACAACCCCGACAACAGCAACAACAACCCCGACAACCGCAACAACAACCCCGACAACAGCAACAAUAACCCCGACAACAGCAACAACAGCAACAACAACCCCGACAAGAGCAACAACAACCCCAACAACAGUGCUCAUAGUUGGGUGUAUGUAGUAGUCGUCCUCUUCCUCCUCCUCCUCCUCCUCUUCCUCAUCAUCGUCUACUUCACUCGGAGACGGUUUAAAAGACAAGGAAGUGAAGAAAGAAGCCACGUCUAUGAUGAGAUACAGGAUGGAUUUGAGUUUCAGCUGACUUAUGGAAGUGAAGAAAGAGGCCCCGUCUAUGACCAGAUACAGGAGGGAUUUUUGCUUCAGUCAACUAAUGGUGGAGGAACAUUGACCGCACAAGCAGCUGCACACUGCAUGGCAGAUGUUUCAGAUGCAUCAAACAGUCAGGAUCCCACAUACGAUACCAUCCCUGAUCUUCCACCAGUGAAGAAGAAGACCGUGACAUCGCUUCCUAAUGAGUCCCCAUAUUCAUUGGUUGGAGAUCAUACAAAUAAUAAAGGUUUGUCACAGCUCGCUGACAACACGUAUUGUUUACUGGACAACACGUAUUGUUUACUGGAGAAACCCAAAGCAACGGCAGACAACCAGAACCAAUAA